ACUACAAAGCCAAAGAAAAAGGAUUAAUACAAGGACUAUAGCGAAAUAACCGAGACAUGUAGAUCUAGUGACCUCUUACCCAAAAUUAUGUGUUUUUAAUUUUGGCUGGCAGUGAUGGCUACUUUUCUCUGCCACAUUCAUUUCUGGACUUUGAAGGCACUUUCUCCUGGUACAGCUUCAGGUAGUGACAUUGGUAAACAUGUGUACCAUGACAAGAGGAGGGAUAAACACGAUCAUCGAGACACCAUGGAGGUUUGUCGCACAGAGUGGGCGGAAGGUAGAGGGCUGACCUGGACUCCACAUAAUAAGAAGCCAGACAAGUUGAGGGAGGCUAUUAGAGAGUAUGAGGAGAUGAUGUCUGCACAUAGAGCAGUGGCAGUCAGUUGGAAAACUCACAGACACUGCCUUUUGCUACUUGAGAAUGGUAUCCUGAUCACGUUUGUACUGUCCAAGUGCUCUGGUGAAGUUGAGAGGAUCUUGAUUGACAGGUCUCUGGUGCCUAGACUACAAACAACCAUGGACACUGCAAUGUUCUCCGGAUCCCAUAUUUUCCUCACUCUUUCUGAGAACCCUCGUCCGGGUAUUGUCUCCCUCUCCCAUCGCCGCACGUCUGCAGCACAGGUACCGCUUACUCUUCAGAAGACUGACUCAGGGAGAAGACUGGAUAAGCUCUCAGCUCAAGACCCAAAGGUAUUGUUUUCGGAGCAGGGUGGUCUGCCAGUGGGGCGGGCGGAGAGAGUACUGAGAGUGAGCGAGGGCCUGGUGGCUGUGUGGUGGAGAGAGGAGUGGACUGCUAACACUGGAUACAAUUUACUGCUCUUCACAAUUACGAACGACGCUCUAGAGUUUUCCUGUGGAGCCGAGCUGAACGGUGAUCCUGUGGAAAUGCAGUUCAGUAAUUUGAAGAGCAAUAUGUUGCUCUCCCUGGAGAAAACCAGUGACUCUACUUACCAGUGCUACAGCUAUACAUGCUGGGAUCACAGGCUAACCAGAUCAAGCUCAGAAGAUACUAUAUCAUCACAAGCUGAUGUGGUGGCAUGUGAGUGGAACAAGGAGGAGAGCAUGGUACUACUGGGCUGUGAGAACACCACCCUGAUCCUCCAUGAUUGUUUAUCCAACCGGCCAGACAUCACAGCUCAAGCCUUCUUUUAUCCGAUAUCUCUGAUCCGGUGGCACUCUGGUGGCGGUGUGGUGAUGGUGUGUGGGCCUCGAGGAGAGCUCCAAUCUUUUGACAUUGCCCUCAACCCCCUCACAUUCCAAACACUUUCAGACACACCCUCACCCCUCCUGCAAAUAGGAUCAUACUUUGUGUCUCCAGUUCAGCUCCAGCUAGGAGAAUGGGGGACACAGUUGGAUGGGGAGACUAAUGACAAUUUCGUUCUUGCUUUUGACAGGGGCCCAGUGGUGCUAGUGAAGAUUGAGCUCGGUGUACUGAGCAGAGGACAACUAGGACCAGCAGAGAUCGUCGCAGAGUAUGUCCGUGAGAAUACGAUGAGCAAGGCUAUUAAGGUGUUGAAUCAGCUAAGUUGGACCUCUCAACAAAACGAAUGUUUUAUAUGCCUCACUCUGAUCAUGGACCAUCUCCUCACACAGCCACUCUCACGAGAGACUGAAGGCCAGAUGUUGGAGUGUCUGGCAUUCUUUCAGUCUGAAUCAGUCACUGAAGACGCUCAUUAUUCAUACAAGACGAGGAUUACUCAUCUCACCAGAAGAUUAUGCCAUUUGUUAAUUAGGCAUAAGAAGUUGAUGAGAGCAAUGGAAGUUGCAGAAGUCGUGGGAGUUUGUGAUCUAUUCAUGGACGUUCAUUUUCUAGCUGUGGAUAUGAAUAACGUAAACGUUGCUGAGCUAGCGAAACAGAAGGCAGAGAAAACCACCCGCUCUGAUUUUAUUACUGAUGUUCUGCAAGCUGCAGGUCUACCACAAGAACCCAUUCAUAACAGUCAUUAAUUUUCACUUUCACUUUUUGAGCGCAUAAAUUAUUUUACUCACAUUUAUGAAUGUGUAUAAUGAUUAUAGCAUGCUGAUGAGAAUUAUAAUCUUUACGUACCUAUA